AUGAAGUCUGUUAUCGUUCAGGCCCACCCUCUCCGCUGCAAGAUUGUUGAUGUGCCCGUCCCUCAGCCAGGUCCGCAGGAGGUACUUAUCAAAGUCACCUACUGCGCGAGCAACCCACGGGAUUGGAAGGCUCCUGAUCAUUUGAUUCCCGGCGAGGAUAUCAACCAAGGGAAUGAAAUGUCCGGCGUGAUCGAAGCAGUUGGAAGUGCCGUCUACGAAUUUCGAAAGGGUGGUCGGGUCGUCGCAGCCCACCCGAUACAGACUGCAAAUGGGACCUAUGCAGAGUAUGCCACGGCACCUGUCAAUACAUGUUCAACCACCGCUAAUCAUCUACGGUGGAUCUUCGUCAUUGGGGCUUAUUCAUUAAAACUAGCGAAGCUCGGCCGAUUCACCAAAAUCAUUGCCGUGUGUGGGAGUGGGAGAGAUUAUGUCGAGUCAAUCGGUGCAGUGACCCACUUCGUUGAUUAUCGAAAGGCGAACCUUGUCAAUGACCUGAAGACUGCCUUGGAUGGUGAGAAAUGCUUUCAUGCUGUCGAUGCCAUAAACAACGGUACCAGCUGGAACCAUCUCGUCGCAGUCCUGGAGCCUGAGGGCAGUCGAAUGUCAGUCUAUCUGCCUCGUCUAGAUUACACCUCCAUUCCAACUCAGAUCACUGUUGGGGUGACAUUUAUCGGCACGGUACAUGGUCAGCCCACACCUUACUCCAAUAAAAAAUACGAGGAAGACGUGGAUUUUGCCUAUUCUUUGUUUCGACUUGCGGGCAAGUGGCUCGCUGAAGGCAAAAUCACCAGCCACCCAUAUCAGUUGUUACCUAAUGGCCUAGCAUCUGUUGAAAAUGGUUUGCAACAGUUGAAGGAUGGAAAUAUAUGCGCAAGGAAGCUGAUAUACAGAGUCACAGACACCCCGGGUCUUGAUUGUGUUUAG